UCUUUAAGAAUGCUUGAGACUCUUGAUGCCUCUUGUUGUGAAUCCUUAGCCCGCAUAACCAGCUCCAUAGGCUCCCUCGUGUCUCUGCAGUACUUGUCAUUACAAAGAUGCCCCUCGUUGAGAGAUAUUCCCGACUCGAUUGGAAAGUUAGCAUCAUUGACUGAACUGGACCUAUCUGGAACAGGGAUUGAAAAAUUACCCGAAUCCAUUGGUUCCCUCGUGUCUCUGCGGUGCUUGUCAUUAUCGAGUUGCUACUCGUUGAGAGAGAUUCCCGACUCAAUCGGAAAGUUGACAUCAUUGACUGAAUUGGACCUAUUUUUAACAGGGAUUGAAGAAUUACCUGAAUCCAUUGGUUCUCUGAGAAUGCUCGAGACUCUUAUUGCCUCUUAUUGUGUAUCGUUAGCCUGCAUACCCAGCUCCAUAGGUUCCCUCGUGUCUCUGCGGCACUUGUCAUUAACGGGAUGCCGCUCGUUGAGGAAGAUUCCCGACUCGAUCACAAAAUUGAAGGACUCAGGAUGCCGGAUAUUGGGCGAUCGCCGGAUCUUUCCGGAUCAAAGCAUCUGAAGGCUAUUGUGUGUUCAAAAGAGUUCCGUUUGGGGAAAUAACUUGUCAUUUGUCAUUUCAUCCUCGACACGAUACGAGCACCAGACUUUUAAAUUAUUUAUCUUUUCGCAAGUUCCGCAUUUGAAGGAUGCUCUGUGCUCGCUCGCGAGCCAUCUCAUAACGUGUUUGUUUUGUUCACACGGCUGAGUUGAACUUUUUGUCUAUCUUCUGUUCGCUUCUUCUAAUGCCGGGCAUCCGGGUCCAUAUCUACGCUGUGGAAAUCACAAGACGUUCGAGAGAACAAGCAGCUCUUCAAGAAACAUCCCUUCGCCUUCGUCCCGUAGCCAUCUCGGUUUUCUUAGAGGUGGGACGAUCGAAAUCCUGCACUCUGGGAAUUGCGCGAAUUCGCUCGCUUUUCCUCGAUUGCUUGAAUUGGUUUCUUUCGAUUUUCUUCCUUCUUCCUUUUUUUCAAUUGUUCCGCGAUAUCUAAUCAACCGCAAUUCUCUCUUCUGUGGAUGAUUCAGGAACUUCUGGAGGCGGGAGCACAAGAACACGUCAGGCAAAGGA